AUGUCGCUGUAUCGUUUAGUUUAUGAAAAAUCUUGUCACUUACCUGUAGAGAUUGAACAUAGAGUUUAUUGGGCUAUUAAAGCAAUUAACAUGGAUUUUAAUCUUGCAGGUGGAAGGAGGCUAUUUGAGUUAAGUGAAUUGGAGGAACACCGGCUACAUGCGUAUGAAAAUACCAAAAUUUAUAAAGAGAAGAUCAAAUAUUGGCAUGAUAAACAUAUUCUUCCGAAGCAUCUUGAAGAAGGGCAAAAGGUUUUAUUAUUUAACUCAAGACUUAAACUAUUCCCUGGAAAGCUUAAGUCUCGAUGGUCCGGACCAUUUGAAAUAGUUUGCACAUUUCCUUAUGGAGCGGUGAAAAUAAAAGGAGAAAAUGGUGUUCCAUUCAAAGUGAAUGGUCAAAGAUUGAAGCUCUAUUUGGCCAGAGAAAGGGUUCCUGAAGGCGUGAUUUACUCCUUAGGAAACAUAAUGGAGAGUUAA